CAUCCAUCCGAAGGCUAGAGUUAUCUCGUACCUCGCCCGCUGCUGCCUGCUCUGCUCCCCGAAGGCCGAAUCCGAUAGCCAGCGCCAACAAAACCCCUCUCCGCGCCCGCUCCCCACCGGUGACAGCGCGCCCAUGGCUGCCUUACUCCGAACGGCCGCGGCCCUCGUGCCCCCGCCCUCGUCGCCCCUGUCCGCACGGGAGCCGCGUGGGCGGUGCCUGCGGCUAGCCUGCUCCCGGCGCGCGCCGGUCCGACAGCUUCGGGCGUGGCCACUGCCGACUCCGCACGUCUUCGGUCGCUCUGGGGGCCGGUUCCGGCGCCUGAGCGUCACCGAGGCCGAGGAGGCCGCGCAGACGGCGGCGCAGGAGGAUCCAGAAACCGAAGUUACUGGAGAGAGUGCUGCAGAUGACAGUGCUGGAAGCACAGACGAAACUCCAUCUAUUAUUGUGACAACACUGCAAUCAUACAGAGUAGCUCUGAUUAAUGAUGAUGACGCAAAAGCUGCUGAGAUAGAAUCCUUUUUACUUUCUAUCGAGGAUGAGAAGAACUCUCUUUUGAACAAAAUCACUGCUCUAGAUGUGGAACUAGCAACUCAACGAGAACGUAUCUUGCGGAUUAGUGCUGAUUUUGACAAUUUCAGGAAAAGGACAGAAAAUGAGAAGCUUAACAUGAUGGAAAAUGUGCAAGGGGAACUUAUAGAGAGUUUUUUGCCUGUUCUCGAUAACUUUGAAAGAGCAAAAAUGCAAAUAAAGGUGGAAACAGAGGGAGAGGAGAAAAUAAACAAUAGCUAUCAGAGCAUUAAUAAGCAAUUCAUCGAGAUUCUUAAUUCAUUGGGUGUUGAAGAUGUUGAAACUGUUGGCAAACCAUUUGAUCCUAUGCUGCACGAGGCUAUUAUGAGAGAAGAAUCAUCGGAGUAUGAAGAGGGGAUCAUACUCCAGGAAUUCAGAAAAGGCUUCAAACUUGGGGAAAGACUACUUCGCCCAGCAAUGGUCAAGGUGUCUGCAGGGCCAGGCCCUGAAAAUUCUGGAGAUGAUGACCCUACAGUUGUUGAAGAUAGUGUGGCACCUCAAAAGGUUGAGGAUGUUGAAGAAGACGGUUUUGAUGACGGCGAUGCAGAAUAGGUGGCUGGAGCUUCAGCUGUGAAUCAACAAGAACAGGUCCAGAAAUUUUGAUGUUUUUCUGGAGCGUGCCAAGCAGGUAAUAGGAUAGUGCCAAUUCGUUCAAGCUAGAGUUAGGUCCCCAAAUGUGCUGUUCUUUACUGCUACUGACAUGGGGGUGUUGGUAUUGCGACAAAUUUGUGUUUCUACCCGCCGUGGUCAACUUUUUGUUCUUACGAAGGGGAAUUUUCGUGGUUCAUACAUGAAAAAAAAAAUGAUAUUUGUAAGGACUAAAUUGGCUCAGUUUGCUAUUGAUAAUCAAUAUAUGAAUUCCAUUGUUUGU